AUGGACAGCAAGCAGGGCCAGGUGCUGAACCUCGAGCGGGUGCAGGCGCUGGAGACGUGGCUGAAAGCGACCGGUACGAAGCUGACUCAAGUCAACGGCCAGAGGAAGUAUGGAGGACCCCCCGAGGUGUGGCUCGGGCCCACCCCGGGAGCCCGCUGCGAGGUCUUCAUCAGCCAGAUCCCCCGGGACACCUACGAGGACCGGCUCAUCCCCCUGUUCAGCUCGACGGGGCCCCUCUGGGAGUUCCGGCUCAUGAUGAACUUCAGCGGGCAGAAUCGCGGCUUCGCCUACGCCAAAUACGACUCGCCCGCCGCGGCCAACGAAUCCAUCCGGCUGCUGAACGGUCACGUGAUGGAGCCCAACUGCCGCCUCAGCGUCCGCCGCAGCACGGAGAAGAGACACCUCUGUAUCGGAGACCUGCCCGCCGUCACCAAGCAGGAGGAGCUCCUGAAGGUGCUGCGCGGGAUGGCCGACGGCGUGGAGCGAAUGUCCCUGAAGGCGGGGCCUGGGAUCGAGGGCGUGUCUGCGAUCGUGGCCUUCUCGUCCCACCACGCUGCUUCCAUGGCCAAGAAGGUGCUGGUGGAAGCGUUCAAAAAGCAGUUUGCGUUGAACAUCUCCCUCAAGUGGCAGUCCACUGUGAAGCCCGGCGUGGACGAGCAGCUGUCUCCCCUCGGGCGGCCAAAGAGCCUGCCGCCGAAGCCGCCGCGCCGCUGCCCGCAGCCCGCGGCCCCGCCCCCCCGCAUGGCCCGCCCUCCGCCCGCCCCCCCGGGUUUCUGCAGGGCAGUGGGAGGACCCGCUGUCCCCCAGUACCCGCCCCCUCCCGGUUCCCCCCGGAGGCGAGUGGGGCCCACGACGCCGGCGCCCGCGGCGCUCCUGCGCGAGCUGUGCGAGGCGCCCGCGGCGCUCCUGCGCGAGCUGUGCGAGGCGAACGCCGUCGGCCCGCCGCUCUAUGAGCUAUGCUACAGCCACUCGGGGCCCGACGGGUUCCUCUACUUCACCUACAAGGUGUGCAUCUCUGGGAUCACCACAGCCUUCAAAGGACUGGUCAUGAUCUUCCCCGGACCCACACCCACCGCCAUGCUGGAAGAAGCCCGGCGGGCCGCGGCCCAGCAGAUCCUUCACCGGCUGUACACCAACCAGCUCGCCCACUGA